CACUUUGGUCACGUCUGCAUUUUUGUAUCGCCAAAUUAUAUAUUCUUUCCAACAACAAAAGUUCAUUGAUUCUCCACGUUUUUUUGGACAAAGGCUCAAGUUAACUAGAAAGUAGAAAAAACAUUUUUAUUAUAAAAAGAACACCAACUGGAUUGUAAAACAGCACAAGACAAGAAGUGAGGUGAAGUGCAACAAUGGAUGGUAAGGUAGAAGCAUCCUCAAAAGAAGCAGAUGAGAGUUUGAGUAUUGGGAGCAAGCGUGGUGGUUGGAUAAGUUUCCCUUUCUUCAUUGGUAUGGUAGCGGGGUUGUCACUAGCAAGUGCAGGAAUUGGGGGGAAUUUGAUUGUAUAUCUUAUAAAAGAAUUCAAUAUAAAGAGCAUCAAUGCAGCUCAAAUUGUAAACGUUGUUGUUGGAAGCUCCAAUCUAUUACCAAUCAUUGCUGCAAUCCUUGCUGAUUCUUUCUUUGGCUCUUUCUCUGUUGCCUUUACAACUUCUUGUGUUGCUUUGCUGGGCACAAUUCUUUUAACCUUAACAGCAACAAUCAAUUCAUUAAAGCCUCAUCCAUGCAGCAAUGAUUCAUCCAUCACAUGCAUACCACCAACAGGAAUCCAAUAUACAGUUUUAUACAUAAGCAUAGUCCUAAUAUCAAUUGGUUUUGGUGGUUCACGUUUCACAGCAGCAUCACUAGGUGCAAAUCAGUUUGACAAACUUGAAGAUCAAGGAACAUUUUUCAACUGGUUCUUUUUCACUUUCUAUGUUGCUUCUGGAGCUGCAUUAACUGGAGUUAUUUACAUUGAAGAUAAUUUGGGUUGGUCUUUAGGAUUUGGUAUCUGUGCUGUGGCUACUUUUGUUGGUGUGGUUGUUUUUUUGUCGGGUUAUCGAUUUUAUCGAGCCGAAAAGCCUCAAGGAAGUGCGGUUUUGGAUUUGGGACGUAUUUUUGUUGCAUCUGUUCGGAAGUGGAAGUGUAAGCUCUCAUCUAGAGUUGAGGAUUACUAUGUCAGUUCUUCUGGUUGUGGUGAUUCUAUGAUUGAAGUGCCAACUCCGCCAACACCAGGAAAAAGAUUAAGGUUCUUCAAUCGCGCAACUCUGAUAACUGAUGCAGACCUAAAAUCAGAUGGCUCAAUUAAGAAAUCAUCAUGGAAACUAUGCACAGUUCAACAAGUGGAAGAUUUCAAAAAGAUAUUUGGAAUCCUACCACUAUGGAGUUCAAGUAUAUUCUUAGCAACUCCAAUAGCAAUCCAAAGUAGUGUGACGGUACUUCAAGCUUUAGCCAUGGAUCGCUCAUUAGGACCCCAUUUCAAAAUUCCAGCUGGUUCUGUUUCUGUUAUAGUCAUAAUAUCAACAUCCAUUUUCCUCACCUUUCUUGACAGAGUGCUAUUGCCAUGUUGGCAUAAGAUUACUGGAAAAACGCCUAUGCCACUUCAACGAAUAGGAGUAGGACAUGUGUUGACUGUUCUUGGCAUGGUUGUCUCUGCUCUUGUUGAAUCAAAGAGGCUCAAAUUGGUACAUGUGCAUGUGGAAAUGUCUGUGUUAUGGUUGUUUCCACAAUUAGUGUUGGUUGGUAUUGGAGAAGCUUUUCAUUUUCCUGGACAAGUUACAUUCUACUACCAACAAUUUCCACAAUCACUUAAGAACACAUCAACAGCAAUGAUUUCAAUGCUUAUAGGGAUUGCUUUUUAUUUGAGCACUGCUUUAAUUGACCAAGUUCGUAGGAGUACUGAUUGGUUACCUGAUGAAAUAAAUCAUGGCAAGGUUGAUAAUGUGUAUUGGAUGUUGGUCAUGUUUGGAGCUAUCAACUUUGUGUAUUACUUACUGUGCUCUAUUUCUUACAAGUAUGAAAAUGUUUAAGAGGUUAUGAUGUUAUGAUGAAUGUUAUCUGUGUUUGGUUGGAAUAAUAAUAAGUGAUAAUGAUAAUA